AUGAAUAACACGAGCAGCGUGGCACUGGUGGGAGAUGGAGGUGGGGUUCGGGAGGAGUUUACAGCCCACCGAGCUUUAACGGGCUGCAUCCUGGCGCUGCUUAUCAUUUGGACGCUUUUAGGCAACUUCACGGUGUGCGCUGCCGUGUAUCGCUACCGGCACCUGCGCGCAAAAGUGACCAACAUCUUCAUCGUGUCCCUGGCUCUUUCGGACCUGCUGGUGGCCGUGCUGGUGAUGCCGUGGAAGGCUGUGUCUGAGGUGGCCGGUUUUUGGCCGUUUGGAGGAUUCUGUAAGACCUGGCUGUCCUGCGACAUCAUGUGCUCCACAGCCUCCAUCCUCAACCUGUGCGUGAUCAGCGUGGACAGGUACUGGGCCAUCUCCAGCCCCUUCCGCUACGAGAGGAGUAUGAACAAGAGAGUGGCCUGUGUCAUGAUCGGCGUGACGUGGACCGUGUCCGUGGUCAUCUCAUUCGUGCCCGUGCAGCUAAACUGGCACAGAGCGGAGAUCGAUGACCGGAUUGAGGAGGAGGACUUUGAACUUCACGGUAAGAGCGUUGACGGAAGUUGUGACUCCAGUCUGAGCCGCACUUACGCAAUCUCGUCCUCCCUCAUCAGCUUCUACAUCCCCGUCGCUAUCAUGAUCGUCACAUACAGCCGCAUCUACCAGAUAGCCCAGAUGCAGAUCCGGAUGAUCUCCUCCUUGGAGCGCGCGGCGGAGCACGCUCAGAAUUGCCGCUCGAAUGCGCGUGACCUUUGUCCUCAUGUGUGCGCGGAAAUCAAUACCAACUCAUUGCAGUCUCAUAUCAGCCUGCAAGAGCGGACAAGUGAGUCUCACCGGGAGCUCAGAGUCUCCAUCAGAAAAGAGACAAAAGUCCUGAAAACUCUGAGCGUCAUCAUGGGUGUUUUUGUCUGCUGCUGGCUGCCAUUCUUCAUCCUGAACUGUGCAAUGCCGUUCUGUCCCGGACCAGGGGCCCCGGGGUCACAGCGGGGCCCCUACUGUGUCAAUGAAAAAACAUUUGAUGUUUUUGUGUGGAUCGGCUGGAGCAAUUCAUCCCUCAACCCAGUCAUUUAUGCAUUCAACGCCGAUUUUAGAGACGCCUUCCUGCGCCUUUUGCGCUGCCCCGAUCGAGGCUGCUGGGCCUCGGAGGUAGAGACUGUGAUAGUGAACAACAAGGCGGUGACCCUCAGGCACGAUCACCCGCCAAACUUAAAGCUGGGCGUCUCCUGCUCCUCCAAGACCAGGGGGAGCGAGGACAGCGGGAACACCACAGUGACUGUGUGUUAUCACAGAAUGACAGCCUCGGAGCAGGUGAAGGACACUGAGGAGAGUAAUGACACAGACAGACUAACACAGAUCCCCAUACAAGGGACACAAUAAGACACAAAGAGGAUCAUGAGGUUUCAGGCCAGGAACAGGUCAGAUAAGCAAACAAGGUAGGGACGAUACAGACUUACGAGGUAUGACACAGGUCUACACCCCGAGCAAUCCACCUGCACCAGGAACCAGACUGAUAAAUGGAGGCUUACUCCAAAAAAAAACAUGACUGCCAGGGGGGACACAAGGAAAAUUGAGUUUAGUCAUUAUCAAAAGGCCCCCAAAAUAAAAAGAAAAAUCUAUCUCAGCUUCAGUCUGCUCAUAUCUUAGGACUGUGUCUGCCACUCUUUCCUGUUAGACUGGAAACAGGGAAGUGAAGUUUGUGUCACUAUGUAAACCACUCACUCCCUGCGCCUAAGUUCCUCUACAAAAUAUCUGUGUUCAGAUAUUAUAUUAUAUUCAGAUAUAAAAUCCUUUGUUCAGAUUUGUAGCUCAAUUCUGGAUUUCCUCGUGUCACUGCAGGCAGCCAUGUUGUGAGUGAGAGCGAGUGUCUGGCGUUUUCGGCUGGUUUUCGGCUGCUUCUCUGUGACGACGGUGCACUCAGCAGCAGCCUUGGCAAAGUCAGCGGUCAGCACUGACGUUAGCUACGUGUACAUGUGCACAAUCUAACUGGAAUCUACUACUCCAUGGUUCACAUGGACGCAAAAUUUAAAUGAUCCGGUUGUGGUGUGCGUAUACAUGCAGUCAAAUCAUUCCGAUUACAUGUGUCCAUGUAAAUAUAGCUAAUGUGUCAGCAACCACUAAAAAACAACAUCUCAACUAUGCCUUUAAGUAUCCUGGCACAGAAACACACAGGCUGCUAUUAUCCCUAUUUUUAUGCAAAUGUAAUUUUCUUCUUUACCAAAUCAGUAGGAGGCAAAGUGCUUUGUCAACCAUAGUCUUACUUUAGGAUGUUUUAGGUGGAGUUCACAAGCUUCAAAAGUGACAUUAACAAAUAUCUUCAUGUUUGAAACGUGCAUCUUAACAAAAUCUGAUCAGUUUCUGCACAAGGAAACGAUCACACGACUGGGAAGGUCUUUGGUUUAUUUGAUACAAAGCUAAAACUAAAUAAAAACGUCUUAAGUGUCCAUAAGGCUAAAAGGUUUUGUAAGGGGAACUUGGGGGAAGCAUGUCUCUGUACUAAUCUUGCCCAAAAGGUUAAAUCCAAAGCCAAAUGUCAGCUGUGCCGCAGGUCGGAUGCUCCAUUAAGAGUCCACGUCUCAUCUAGUUGCAAAUACUCUUGCUGGGACACCUUCAGCUUUAAGGGAGCCCGACUCUCGUCUUAAUUGUGAACUGCACUGUUAUGUGAUGAGUGAUCUAAAUGUCAUGACCGAAAUAAAUAAAUAAAUAAAUAAAUAAGACGUGACAGGAGCAGACCUUAGCCUGCACAACAGGAGCUCACAGAAAACCCACCACAGUCUUAUUGUCACAGAACUUGAAAAGGCAACUGAGUGGAAAACACAGCCAGACACACCUGCCUACAAUCACCACAGACUCACAGCCAGCUCGCGGCUUUCCAGUCAAGUGCAAUAAGCUCAUGCUGAGGUGCUGUGAAAGUGACAAGAUGAGGUGAGGUGACGAUACAGGUCUAUCCUUGUUGCAUUACCUCUUUUUCUGAAAACAGUCAAAUCUGGACAGAUAAAGUAAGGCUAUAUGUCAAGAGUAUAGUUUUUUAACAGGAAAUUAGAAAGGAAGAAAGCAGACACUCUGGCUUUAAACUCAAACAAGUGGGGUUUUACACUUUCAGUGUUGAGAGAGAGAGAGAAGCAAGGAAAUUAUUCCACCAAUUUACUUUGGAAAAACACUGAACUUUUAAUUCUACCAGUGGGGGGUUUGCAGUGUGGCCAUUUGAGGCCAAACACUUUAACUGCACUUCACUCUCUUUCCCCAUCACUCGUGGUUAUUAGAGGAUUUUUCUGCAUCUCUAGAAAUGGGAUUACGUAAGUAACUCACUUUAGCACCCAUCAGCUGUGCAACUCGGUGCAGUGUGCACUCUGCUUCCCCCUCAAUGUGCUGAAAGAAACAAACAUGAAUAAUUUGUAAAGGUUGUUCCUGUGAAAGACUCCAUGACCAGUGAGAAGGCAGAAGCUUUUACUGUGACAACCUGCAAAAACACAAGCAAUGGUUAUUGUUGUCAGGCCAACACAGGAAAAGCCUGCAGACAUACAUCUUGCUCUGUGACGAGCUAUAUAUGGAUUAACAUUUAUUUUGGAAGUGUUAAAUAUGCUGUAGCCACAAGGAGCCUCAAGCUGACGAGUCAAUAAGAAUCAUGUCAUUGUGAGCUGCAAAUGUUUUGUAGUUGGUUGUAUGUUUACAUCACUAUGACAAGAAAUACAUACAGGUGCCUGCAUACAUACAUACUGGCACCUGUAGUUUAAACAUUUUGACCCACUGCAUCUAGAAGACUUUCUUUAUCUGUGUAGAAUCUUUUACCGUCUUACACAAGCAUAACAACAUUCAUCCUGCUCUGUGAAGAUAUUGCUGCGAUAUAUGCUUUUAAUCUUGUUAAAUGGGACCUUCCAUGUUAAGUUUAAAUCCGUAAUCUGGAUCAGAUUUGGAAAAAAUCUUUGUCUGUAGAUUGCCAAAAUUUGAGGGAACAUACUAAUUAAUCCUGUGAAUUCAUGUUGAGAGUCAAGACAAUUGAUGUUAUUGUUAUGAAGCCAAGAGUUGUAUAAUAGUUAUAAUUACCAGAAAACCAGAAACAGGUAUUUUUGCACUUUUGUUUCUGUACAAUCGAUUUUCUAAUGUUAGGCAGAUGUUGUUGUUGUUGUUGUUUUUUUUAUUAGAUUGAGCCAGUGUAGCAGUUUAAUUUCUAUUUAUUUAUGAAGAGGAAGUGAAAGACGUGUGGAUGAAGUGGAACAAUCCAUGAGAAUGAGUGAUGUGAUUGUGAGUAGAAUCCAAAACAGACACCACUCUUACACAAGGGAACAACUGGAGGCAGCGGCCAAAAAGUGUGAGAAUGGCAUGCUGGGAGACUUGCACUCCCUGAAGCAACAGGUACUCAACAACAGUUCUUUGACUGGAAUGACAAUAAUAUGCCAUGCACUUUCAAAGAAGGACAGCAAGUAAGGAUCACUUCAUUACGAAGAACCCCAAAGCAAGCCAGGAUUCUCAGGAAACUUAAGACAAUUCCAGCAACCUAGAUGAAGAACUGGAAAGUGUUGACUGAAUAAAUGGAACACAGGAAGAAGCCAAAGUUAUCAUGGUAAGAAAGAAUGCUGAUCUGUAUAUGUUUAAGUGACAGGAAUGAUGGACGUUUUCUUCAUAACCCCCCACCCAGAAAAAGAAAAAACAUGAACUAAGCUCUGUCCAGAUUCUUGGCAAUAGUAAAUGGAAUGGAAUAUAUGGAAUGGUGUCAUUGUGCCACAUCCUUGUUGGGCCAUGUUUAUUAUUAUAUAUGAGCACUGCUUUAUGGCCAAAAAGGCCCACAUUUCUUUAAGGAUAUUUGGGCCAUUUUUGCCAUUUCACAUAUUGGCCACUUCAGGCUCAUAUCAUUUUGUCAGAGUCAGAGGAAAGCCAGCGCAGUACCACAUUAUUGCCAGAAGUGGCUCAUAACCAGAUGCUAUGUGGGUUACAGACAGAUGCAACCAAAUGCAUCUGUCAAAUUCCCAUAUAAAUGAUUACAAUUCAGUGCUAUUCCAGCGAUAUCACUGAAAACCCACACAAUGAAUACCUGCAUUACCCUUGUUAGAUAACAUGUUUGUGUCUGUGUGUUAUAAUAACUAUGCAGGUCUGAGAUAACAAAGUGUUCCAGUUGUUUGCGGGCGAAAAAGUGCAUGUGCAGUCUGAUGAAGUUCACUGUCUAGUAUAAUGGGCUUGUAACCCACAGAGAACAUCCAUCAGCUGUAGAUGUUUCCGACUCCAUGUAAUAGUCGUCACCAUACCAAAGAUGAUUAAUAAAACAGAGUUCUAAUACA